CUGGGCGUCUGUCGGUGGCUGAAGAAAGAGCAGGACACGUUUUGUCAGGAGGCUUAAAGAUGCUUCAGCUCCAGCUGCGACGGAGUCAGUACUCAACCUGAGUCCAGACGACAGUCUAUGGUGACAGACCACGACGUCAUUUACGUUUUCUGUUGGCUAGUUUACGAAUUACCUGGCUCGUUAGGUAACACUACUCUCCAGCAUUUUUAAAAAAAACAGCCUCCAGCAUUGAGAGGCCGGGCUGCAGCGACAGACAGAAACCACCAUGACUCCUGUGGAGACUCCUCAGCAGCAGGUGGUCCUCAGCAAGCCAUCUGUUAUCACACAAAAAGUGCAGUUAACAUACAAGCUGUUUUUGCUGGAAAACGCCCGGAAUACACUACAACAAGAACUGAACAACUUCACCAACAAGGCCUAUGAAGAAGUUCAAGGUUUCCUGAAUUCAUCUAUUCCCACCAGUGUUUUCAGUGAUCUUUCAAUGACUUUGGAUUCAAAAUGCCGAGCUGUUGACAAGCUCUCGGCUUCAUUAAAGGAUCUCACAUUCAAGUCACAAGUUUGUGGCAAGAGUGGUGGAACAACAGACCAACUGAAGCGAUUCAAAAACAGAGGGAUCAAAAAGACAGAUGUUCUGAAGUUUGGGCCCAUGUUGCAGAACUCGUUCAUGGCCAGCUCCAUAGCCAAAGCAGUCCAGGUGCUUGGAGACACACUGUCCCUGCAGCAGUUCAAACAUUUCCUCAUUUCCCAGCCUGCUGCGGUCCAGCAGGAUGACAUGAUAUGCAGCGUGUCGUCCAGCGAUAACAGCACAGUUGCGGAUGCAAGUUCAUCAUCUAACUUGAAAGCAGAAGAAAAAGAAAAAGCAGUUGUUUUUGAGGAGAAACAGUCACCAGAUGCUGUGAUUCUUGCACCUGCUGCUAUACAGAGUCCCCAGAUUAGCGCUGAGAGACUGCCCCUACUACUACCUCCCAUACAGGCUGUUCUCCCAGAGAUCAGUAACUCUAAACCAAUGAAAACAACACGGCUAAUGAGCUGGGGAUGUGAGGAAGAUGUCCAGGUGCAACACCGAAAACAAACAUCCUCUCAGCUGCUGCACUUCCUCAGAGCCAAAGGUAACAACAUGGGUGCACUAGAGGUCACAGUCAUGGAGUGGAGGAAAAGCAUGAGCGCUUCAAGUUCGCCGCUGUCGAUGUCGCCUACAAUCAAAACACAAAGCUACCAAUUCAGACAGGUUGUGGCAGAUGAGCUGAUCAAUGCACUGGCUCCAAAAUCGCUGCUCACAGACAUUGAUGACCAUGCACCAGUCUUCAGAGUGAAGAGAGUGGAGUCAAGUGGCUCUCUGACCUACACUUGUGUGAUUGCAACAAAGACUGAAUUGUGGGAUAUCGGCGACAUCUUCACAGGGCUGGGACAGGGGGGCUCUGACAUUCAACCCUUUAAAAAUGAAAAUUGUGGAGGUAUAAUGUCCCAGGUGGAGGCUUCCUUUGUUAACAUUGAUUUGAAAACCCAGACUGACAAUUGCACAGAACCUGAACGUGAGAGAAAUCCUAAUGCUGUAAGAAGGCCAGCCAUCAACGGUACUCCAAUGCCUGAAUUCCAGACACGGAGAUUUGAAGAGACUGAAGUUGUGGUGUCUCAUAUUGUCAGCCCAGGCAACUUCUACAUCCAACAUGCUGACUGCAUCACAAAGCUGCAGGCCCUUAUCACAGACAGCUGGAAAGCAAGUAGUUCAUAUGCCGAGCAGAACUUCAUUCCAGACAUUGGAACUCGGGUAAUGGGCUGGUUCCCUAAGCAGGAACAAUGGUGCAGGGCUCAGGUGACCAAGAUAUGUGGUGUGAGUGGAGAUAAUAAUGCCACUGAUGGUGCUGGGAGUGGGACAUCCAUCAAGGUGGAGGUGAGGCGGCUGGACUAUGGUGACACUGCUUGCCUGUCACUGUUGAACAUCAAGGAGCUGACCCCAGAUAUGACUGCGCUACCACUUCAGGCUGGACAGGUCUCACUUUCAAAUGUGACGCCUUUGAAUGGGAGUGAUUGGUCGGAGGAAGCGGUGGGCUGGUUCCAAGCAAUGGUUCACAACAGGACGCUUUAUGCCAGGCUCUACCCACAGGGGCCCAAAGUCACAGUCGAGCUGUUCCUGGAAAAAGGAAAGCUUGGGGCUAUGAGGAGGGGAGCAUCAUUGUCUCUGCGGCUGGCCCAGAACGGACAUGCAAAACAUACAAAAAUGAAAAACGUUGCCUCAUUGAGAAAAAGCGCAGCUCAAAUGAAAAUGAAGAAACAGGACUCUGAGUGGGAGAAAUACCUCAUCUCAUGCUACACUCAAAACAAGAAUUAAGAAAGGCAGGGUUUUUUGUUUUUGUUGUUCACUAAGCAUGCUUGAUGGUCUCUGAUUACUCAUAAACAUUGUAGCCUUGUUAGGUUAGAAAAAUCUAAACACAAAGAUGUUUAAUUGUUCUUAAAAUAGAGAUAAAUAAACAAAUCCAGGUUUGAUUGACCAUCUGUAACAUACAGUGGAACUUUUGACUUGCUGCUGUGGUCGUCACAGUGCAGUACAGCGAACAUUUAAAGGUAUUAAAAAGUCUUGAAUGAAGACUAAAGGUGUUGACAUUUACACAUAAACUAGUGUGUAUCAGCUUUCUUGUGUAGUUUUAUGUCUUAAUUUUGUAGUUCUGUGUCUACUGACUAUAAAGCUUGUGUUUUAUUUCAUCUAGGAACUGAAGUUGUUUCUUUUUUCAUUUGAAUCUUUAUUUAGUCUUAAAUUGUUACUUGUGUUUCUGAAGUAAUAACAGAAAAGUGUUAAUAUUUUGAACAAGCUUUUUUAUGUAACAAAUGAUCUACAGGGACCUAAGAGUUUAAUUGUGAUGCGUAUUUAAUUUAGAGCAUUUCCCUUUGUACUUAAUAAUUAGCAUUUCCUUUAAAAGCUAGUCUUAUUUUUUUAAGCCACUGGAGAGUGCCCGUUCACUAAAUGUACCCACCCUUUAUUAAGUCACACCUGUUUUGUAUUGUACAUACAGUUGGCUUACGUUGAUUCAUUUCUUUGCUUCACUUCCUGUAGUAUUCAUUAUUAGAGCCAUGUUGUCUUGGUUGAUAUUUAGUUCUUGUAAAAUGGCAUCUAUUAUUUUGAAUGAACAUUGUAUCAUCAGCUGCUUUCUUAAUAAAUAAAACAAACGUUGCCUUCA